AAACACGUCUGCCUUGCACGACUACGCCGCCUACAUGAUACGCCUACAAACCCCACGCCAUCUGCGUGCAUACAAAGAAGCUCCUUGGAAGCCUCCAUAACCGCCGCCAUCGUGUUACUCUCCCACAUCUUCCGAAGAAUGGCCUUUUCGGCCACCAGACCGAGCCUGGUCCCACAGGAGGAGCUCGAGAGCUUCCAACAGCACUUGGCCAAGUCGACACGCAUUCUCGCACUGCUGGGUGCGGGGCUAUCAGCUUCAUCAGGGUUACCAACAUUCAGAGGUGCAGGUGGACUGUGGAGGACACAUGAUGCAACGUCGUUGGCCACACCAGAGGCAUUUGAGCGGGACCCAGCACUGGUAUGGCAGUUCUACAGUUACCGGCGGCACAUGGCGCUCAAGGCAAAGCCCAACGCCGCUCACUAUGCUCUUGCCGAGCUGGCGCGCAAGAAGGACGAGUUCAUCACGCUGAGCCAGAACGUCGAUGGCCUCUCUCCCCGUGCCCAGCACCCACCCGAGAAACUCAAGCUUCUCCAUGGCUCACUAUUCGACUUAAAGUGCUCCGACUUCUUCUGCAAGCACUUUGAGCGUAACAACUUCACCGAUCCCAUUGUGCCCGCCCUCGCCAUCCCUAGCGACGAGUCCGACCCCACGACUGACUCGGCCAUCGCUGCCCGCGAACUCGACAUCUCAGACAUCAACGUGGAUCUCCCUGAGCUCGACUACUCACACCUCCCCCGCUGCCCUGAUUGCAAGCGCGGCCUGCUGCGGCCCGGCGUCGUCUGGUUCGGCGAGGCAUUACCGAGAUCCGUUAUCGAUGAUGUGGACGCUUUUAUGUCAGACAAGCGAGGUAUAGAUCUCAUAAUGGUGAUUGGUACAUCUGCUAGGGUCUACCCCGCUGCGGGUUACGUCGAUCUUGCGCGAACAAAGGGCGCAAGGGUUGCCAUCAUCAACAUGGACCUAAAUGAUGUGCCCGCUAGUGGCCUGCAUGAAGGCGAUUGGUUCUUUCAGGGUGACGCAGCGCAGAUUGUGCCUGAUUUGCUGAGGAGCGAGAUUGGGGAUAUUGAUCCAGAAAAAAUGGGCGACGCGGCUAGAGAAACUUGAAUAGGAGGGGAUACCCAGCUCGACAUGGUGCAAAAGGCACACCUAUGUUCAGGAGUUUUGGCUGCAAAGCGGUAUUUUGUUGUUGUCCUUUGGCACGAGACGCACACAUGUGCUUGCGAUGGGUUAUUUAGGUAUUAGUAGUAAUAUCACAAUAGGAAUAAAAGACGGCCAAUUCUCAAA